AUGGCUGACCAACAAGCAGCGAGCGCUGUCGAACAACCGCAACAGCAGCAGCAACAGCAAGUUCCGGCCCCGGCUCCGCAACAACAACAACAGCAACAGCCGCAGCAGACGGAAACUUCGGAGCAGCAGCAGCAGCAGCAACCACCCCAACAGCAGCAGCAAGUGCAACAACCACCAGCCCCGGAUGCAUCCCAGAAACCGGCCGCUGCCGCCCAACCUGCCCAACCCCAAAAAGAAAUCAUUGCCAUCAAGGUGACGGGAGUGGUAAAAUGGUUCAACGUAAAGAGCGGAUAUGGCUUCAUCAACCGCGGCGACACGCAGGAGGACGUCUUCGUCCACCAGUCGGCGAUCGCGAAGAACAACCCGAAGAAGGCGGUCCGAUCGGUGGGCGACGGCGAGCAGGUGGAGUUUGAUGUGGUAAUCGGCGAGAAGGGCAACGAAGCAGCCAACGUUACUGGCCCGCAGGGUGAACCGGUGAAGGGCAGCCAGUACGCAGCGGAAAAGCGUCGCGGCUACCGGCACUGGUGGCAGAAGCGCGGCGGUCGCCGCCCUGGACAAUCGCGCCCUCCGAAAGACGGCCAGCAGCAGGACGGUGGUCAGGGUGAUGGACAGCAGCAGCAGCAGCAGCACCAGGAUGGGCAGGUGCAGCAACAACAUCAGCAGCAACCGCAGCAUCAGCAGCAGUCCGUCAAGCAGCAACAGCAGCAACAUCAACAGCAGCAGCAGCAGCAGCAACCACCCCGCCGCUAUCGCCCCCGUGGCCGCGGUGGUUACUCGUCGUACUACUCGCGCCCUCCACCACGCGGUCCUCGUCGCGACAUGGUGAUGAACGAUAAUGGCCCCAUGGACCAGGGCCAGAUGAUGGACGACAACGGUGGCAUGCGUGGUCAGGGUGGACGUGGCGGUGGCGGUCCGCGCCGGUUCUUCCGUCGCAACUACCGCAGCGGAGGACGCGGUGGUGGCAUGGGAGGCCCACCGGGACCACGCCGUGGCGGAUACCGACCGGACUAUCAGAACGACUACCAGCAGAACGGCGGUGGACAGGAGCAGAUGGUUCCGCGUCGCGGCGGUGGCAUGCAGGGACGUGGUGUCGGUGGUCGUGGUCGCUUCCCACGCCGUGGUCGCAACGCUCCGCGCCAGCGUAACGACGGUGGUGUUGGCGGCAACAACAAUGCCGUCCAGAACACAACCACUGAGAGCUCGGCGUAAGUCAACGGUUCCGACGACGACGACCACGAGAUGGUGGGUUCUUGACCACCACCACCACCAUCAUCAUCACCACGACCGGAAGAAGAUCAUCAUAGAAGAAAAACGAGCGCGCGCUAACAGCAUCAUCUUCGCGCGGCACAACAUGCACCGAGCCCUCUCGAAUCGGAACUCCCACAAUGGAAACAUCAAGAAAAGCAGGCUGACCGUCACUCCGAGGAAUGCAAGGCACAUCGAACUGGCGCCAACGGAACCGCUCAACACCAUUGGGUUCCCCUUUCAACCCUGCGAAAGUCGAGGAAACGAAGUGUGUAAGUACAGCCUACUAUAUCCUUCUUUCCGAAUGAGUUGAUUUCCAGCUGAUCCACUACCGCGUGGUUGACAGAAACAUAUAACAUACAGCUAAAAGAUUUAAACGUACGAAAAGAUCGUCAAAAAGGCGCGAUAAAGGAAGAGGUGUCCUAGAUUAGAGAUACAGAGAAAGAGUGAGGAACACAAUCGCGAUCCCGUUGUCAUCAUCAAUUGCUCUAAGAACGAUCCUAUAUCGACGCCGUCCGUUUUCGACGUUCGUCCUUGCUCGGUGCGUGUGUUCAAAAGGCCUCGAACAACAGAAAUCGGAUACGGGAUCAAUACCCGAAUACCCGGAGAGCGUAAAGAAGAAGAAGACCGAUAGCAAAAGAAAGAUAGUAUACCAUUUACUAAUGAUUAAAACAAAACAAAAGCAUAAUACACAUUGCAUUGAUUACGACAAGAAUAUGAUGAAAUGAACCGAUAUCCUUUAUAAAAAAAAACCUAUCAUGCAGGAAAACGGAAGAAGUGUGAAGCAUUUUCAUAUAUUAAAUAAAACAAAAUGAAAUGAAACAAGCGUGUGAAAACGGGCGUUAUGAAGAAGUAUGGGUAAAGAUCAGAAAACAAAAUAUUAAAAAUUCGUAGAAACUCGUAGGAAAGGGAACAGCACACAGAUAUAUAGCUAUAUGGAAAGCAAAUGAUGAAUCCUUGCGCGAACGCGAAAAGAUGGAAAACAACUAUAUCAUGUGUUGAAAUUUCGAGAGUAAACAUCCAUCAAGAACGCACGAGAUCCCCAAGAACUUGAUUUGCCGCUGCUGCCGCUGGCGCGCGUCCCUGAAAGAUCUCGCCAUUCGACGCGCCCGAAAAGGGGACGCCAAAGAAAGGGAAGAGACACAGAAGCAGAGGUUGGGUUGUGAAGGGUUUGGAGGGCAAAGAGUCGCCAAAGGGAAUGCAAGUAUAGUAACACCAGGGGACACAGCAGUGUCAGUCCAGUAGCG